AUGUCUUCGAACCCUUACGUUAUUCUUGAUGUAGCCCAGGAUGCCGAUAUAACCACGAUCCACAAGGCUUACCAUAGAAUAGCGCUACGAUGCCAUCCAGACAAGAUACAAGACCCCGCUCUCCGUAAAGCAGGAGAAGAGGAGUUCAAGAAAGUCCAAAACGCCGUAGAGCUCCUGUGUGACGACUACAAGCGGGCUGUCCUUGAU